AUGAUCCUUUUUUCAUCUCGCAGUGUGUUACUCUCAGUGUAUUACCCUCAGAUUUUCCUCAUCCUUACCAGUGGGAGUUACCUAGCUUUGUCAUCCGUGGUUGCUUUAGGAGCUAAUAUCAUCUGCAACAAAAUCCCAGGCCUGGCCCCUCGGCAGCGAGCGAUCUGCCAGAGCCGCCCUGAUGCCAUCAUUGUGAUCGGGGAAGGGGCACAAAUGGGAAUCAAUGAGUGCCAGUACCAGUUUCGGUAUGGGAGGUGGAACUGCUCUGCACUGGGAGAGAAAACAGUCUUUGGACAAGAGCUUCGAGUAGGAAGCAGGGAAGCUGCGUUCACCUAUGCCAUUACUGCUGCCGGGGUUGCACACGCUGUCACGGCCGCCUGCAGCCAGGGCAACCUCAGCAAUUGUGGCUGUGACCGAGAGAAACAGGGCUACUACAACCAGGAGGAGGGCUGGAAGUGGGGAGGCUGCUCUGCGGAUAUCAGAUACGGCAUUGAGUUCUCCCGGAGGUUUGUUGAUGCCCGAGAAAUCAAAAAGAAUGCACGGAGGCUGAUGAACUUGCACAACAAUGAGGCUGGAAGAAAGGUUCUGGAAGAGAGAAUGAAAUUGGAAUGCAAGUGCCAUGGAGUUUCAGGCUCCUGUACAACUAAGACCUGCUGGACCACGCUUCCGAAAUUCCGAGAGAUUGGAUAUAUUUUGAAGGAGAAAUACAACGCGGCUGUGCAGGUGGAGGUGGUACGAGCCAGCAGGUUAAGACAGCCAACCUUCCUGAAGAUCAAGCAGAUCAAAAGUUACCAGAAACCCAUGGAGACGGAUUUAGUGUACAUCGAAAAGUCACCCAACUACUGUGAGGAAGACGCUUCCACGGGGAGCGUCGGUACCCAGGGACGGCUCUGCAACCGCACCUCCCCCAAUGCGGACGGGUGCGACAUGAUGUGCUGCGGAAGAGGGUACAACACACACCAGUACACCAAGGUGUGGCAGUGCAAUUGCAAAUUCCACUGGUGCUGCUUUGUCAAGUGCAACACCUGCAGCGAGCGGACAGAGGUGUUCACCUGCAAAUAA